UUCUGAUUCUGUGUCAAACAUCACAUCAACUUCAACUUCAACUCCAACUUCAACUUCACUUCAACAGCUCUCAAUCCGUUAACAUCCAAUCCUCAACUGCUUCAUACCUUCCAAUUCACACGUUCCUAGUAGCUUCCUUUUUACCAAAACAAAGGCUACAAGGAAACAUUUGUCAACAUCAAUGGCAGAUAGGUCCGCAUCGCCUCGCGCGGCGCGAGGCGAUGAUUCUCCGCCUCCGCGCAAGCAGAACAAAAGCGACAAUCGAAGCCAAUCGCCACCUAGCCAUCGCGAUAGACGAGACAGAGACGACUAUCGAAGAAGCGACAACUAUCGAUCGCGCGAUGAUGAUGAUAGGGAUCGAGCAGCAAGACGUGAGCCUUGGCACAGCCGAAAAGAUGGGAAUAAGGAUGACUCCGACCGAUUAGGUCGAGACGCGGAAAGACGUCGUGACGACCGCGGGGAGAGAGACUCGGACCGAAGAGGUACAGAUAGGGAUGAGGGUAGAGACCGGGACCGAGACCGACCCAGGCCAAAAAAGAACUUUGGCGGCUUCAAGUUUAAGGAAAAGCGCCGCGACGAUUUGGAAGAUAGAGAUGAUGACCGACGUGGUAGCUCGUUUAGAGGUUACCGAAACCGUUCGCCAUCUCCGCGACGCCGAGAUCGAGAUCGCGAUCGCGAACGUGACUCCGGUGCGUCUUCGUCUAACAAGAAAUCCAAGUCGAAAUCUUCCGAAGGAGAUACCUCCAAGCCACCCGUUCGAGCACCCGCAGCUCCCUCCGGCGGCGGCGAAGAGAUGAUUAUCGUGCACGUAAACGACCGACUGGGCACUAAGGCAGCCAUCCCGUGUUUCGCUUCGGACCGCAUCAAGGAAUUCAAGAUCAUGGUCGCGGCGCGCAUCGGCCGAGAGCCCCACGAGAUCUUGCUGAAGAGGCAAGGACAGCGGCCUUUCAAAGACAUGCUUACUCUCGCCGACUACGAAAUUAGCAACGGGGUCCAACUAGAUCUAGAAGUUGACACUGGUGAUUAAUCGGAGAGAGGACAAGGGGAGUUGGACUUGUCAUUACGAAUUGUAUAGGUCGUAUGGUACAAGCACCGAUAUGCUUGCUUGUAUUAUGAAUCUGCUAUGUAUUAAACGGGAGCUUGAUACCCACCUGGCAAUAUAAAUGUCCAAGGUUAGUAUUAUACGGGCUUUAUUCUAAUGACUACCAUAUUCGAUAGUCUCAUAACCAGUUCGAAAAAUGAAGCAUGUCUCUCAACCCGCUUUCAUAAGUCCCUAGUCUCAGCCAGACUCACGAUGCUACAGAUAAUAAAUAGCACGAAUAUUACUUGUUAUAAUGAAUGGUAAAGGGAAGCAAAUACUGGCAUGAGGACCAUACUAAGACCCG